GCUUCACACUGCAGAACCCUGUCUCCGGGAGCGAACAGCUUGACUCAUCUCCAGUUGGAGGGAAGCUGACCGCCUUUUGACUCUCUGUUGGAAGCGAUGAUGAUGAUGAGUCUGGGCCCUUUGUUGUUGGUCUUCAUGCUGAGUCUGGUUUCGACCCCACCAACGCUGGCUCAGAAUGAUGCCAGGUACACAAAAUUCCUGGCUCAGCACUACGAUAGCAAGCCAAAGGGCCGGGACAGCAGAUACUGUGAAAGUAUGAUGAAGAGGCGAGGCCUGACCUCACCCUGCAAAGAUGUCAACACCUUUAUUCAUGGCAACAAGGGCAGUAUCAAGGACAUCUGUGGGACGAAUGGAAACCCUUACAAAGAAAACUUAAGAAUAAGCAAAUCUCCCUUCCAGGUCACCAUUUGCAAGCACACUGGAGGGUCUUCCCGGCCCCCGUGCCGGUACCGGGCUUCCGCGGGGUUCAGACACGUUGUUGUCGCCUGUGAAAAUGGCUUGCCCGUCCACUUGGAUGAGUCCUUCUUCAGCCUGUAGUCAGCAGACCCCCAGCACAGACCUGGCUGGGAUCUCUUUUUAUUUCCCCUCACAGCCCAGGACCCUGGUGGCAACAUUCACUGUCAGGGGCCAGGAGAUGGACUAUCUGAAACUUAUGUCUCCUGAUUUACAAUGCCCAUAAUAAAGUUGUCUCUAAAGCAUUCAGAAUCAGUA